AUGAAUCUCUCGUUCUAUAGAGCCGCAGAUUGGAAGCUCGAUGCACCUGAUUGGACUGGACGCAUGAAAUUGGUGGCAAUUGGUAAACGGCUAGAACUUCGACUAGAAGACAAAUCAACGGGUAAGCUCUACGCGAAAUGUCCAAUUGAUUCCUAUCCGGGCGUGUGUAUUGAGCCAGUUACUGACUCAUCAAGAUACUUUGUUCUUCGGCUGAAGAAUGACGCGGGUCUGAUGGCCUUCGUCGGUUGUGGUUUUGCGGAUCGAGGAGACUCGUUUGAUUUGAAUGUCGCUUUACAGGACCAUUUCAAAUAUAUUGAAAAGUCUGCUGAGCUUGAAGGGCAAACAAGUCAUCCUCAGCCUAGCCUCGAUCUAGCGUUUAAGGAAGGCCAGACAAUUUCUAUCAAUAUUGGUAAGAAAGGCCCAGAUGGUCAACCUUUGCCUGGUCGAUCACGUCCACAACCUGCUCGAGUGGGUGGUAAUGUGCCUCUGCUCCCUCCACCUCCAGGAGGCUCUGCUGUGCGAAGGGCUCCAGCUGCACAGACUGGUUCAACAAGUAGCGCUACAGCUGAGCUGCUGGAUCUGUAG